GAAAAGCUACAGUUGACGCUCGUGAAUCUUGGGCCCUCCAUCUUGGGCGGUGCCCUCACCACAGCUGCUGCAACGGCUUUCCUGCUGCCGUGCCGGAUCUUGCUCUUCGUGAAGCUUGGGACGAUGCUAGUUGCGAACACGAUCUUGUCCUUGCUAUACACCUUCGUCUUCCUUGGGCCAUUGCUCAUGAUUCUUGGCCCACUUGAAGAUGCCGGAUCCUUCCUUUGGCUAUUUCGACAUGUUUGUGGAUGUUGGGCGUGUCGGUACAGGAGGAGCGAGGCUGCCAUUGAAGGCUCUCCGACAGGUCCGCAUGGGCAGGAGCCAGCACGAUCUCGGACGAGAAGCAUACUGUACCCGUCGAGGUUGGUGGAAACCAAGACGCUGCAGCCUGAUGAACGGCACCAACGAAGCACCAAGGUCCGCUUCGACAGACCCGGCUCCGAUCUUUCUCGGGAACUCUGA